UCAAAGAAACAAACAAACAUUCAACUGUGCCCUGGCUUGCUUGCUGUGAUGUCUAUAAUCAUAGCUCUAUGUGCUGCUUGCUCGCUAUGGUUUUGCACAGGGAUGCGGAUUGCGGUUACUAGCGAGUUGCCCCAGAACUACACGGCCUAUUUGCACCAUUUUGGCUUGGUUGGCAGGCGCAUGCGAGAAUCUCCUGGGAUGCGCCUGUUGCGGGAGCAGGCAUUCUGGCAGAGGCACGCAUCAGCGCGCAAACAAAAUACAAGGGCAGAUGCUCGCUGGACGGCUGCUGCCAACCACUUAUUCGAUGCGACGGAUGACGAACUGAAGCGCAUGAUGGGCUACAAGCCUUUGGCUCGAAAAACGCACAAGGCUUUCUCCUUCGUCAACCUCCACUCACAGAACGAGAGCAUUCCCGCAGGCAUUGUCCUGCAAGAGGCCGUUGACUGGAGGAAGCACGUCCGGGCAUCGAACAAGGUUCGUUACCAGGGCAGCUGCGGAUCCUGUUGGGCAAUAGCGGCUGGGAGUGCCCUGGAGAUGCAUGCUGAGCUGGCCGGCUACUCUGUUCCAGGCCUUCAGGUGAACCAGCUGGUGGGUUGCGUGCCCAACACCCGGCACUGCGGGGGUGGCGGCGGCUGCGACGGAGCUACCGCGGAGCUGGCCUUUCAAUAUGCCGCGGAGCAUGGGGUGGCCUUCGAGGACGACUUGAAGUGGGACACCAAAGGAGGCCUGUGCCAGAAGGCUCCCAAGAGAAUCAUCAGCCAGGGCUUCGAGCGACUGACGCCCAACCUGGCGCUGCCGCUGCAGUACGCGCUGGCCAUGAAGGGCCCAGUGGUGGUCUCUGCUGAUGCCUCCGACUGGGAGUUGUAUGGAGGCGGAGUCUUUGACGACUGCCCAAAGAAUGCUGCGGUGAAUCAUGCGGUGCUGGCGGUUGGAUAUGGCGUGUCGACUUCUGGGAAGUAUUGGCUGAUCCGAAACUCCUGGGGGAAGGAAUGGGGCGAGGCAGGGCACAUUCGCAUCUUGCGCUUCGAAGACGGCUCCGAUGGCUACUGUGGCACCGACUACCAUCCGCAAGAGGGUGUGGCGUGCGAUGGGGAAACAUCGCCAGUGCCCGUGUGCGGUAUGUGUGGGAUUCUCAUGGAUUCUUCCUACCCCAUUGGUGUGAAAGUGAGUGAUGGGGUGUCACAACUUCGUGGCGCAAACACUUUGCAUUGAUAACAAGGAAACCACCGGCUAGCUGCAGCAAUAUUCCGGAAAGCAUCAUCCUUGCGGUUUCACAGUGAAUUUGUAUGCUGCAGCUUGGAGGUGAGAAUCUUGCCAGCCAUUGCUGGCACUGCGUGCAUGACGGUGAAGACGUGAUGAGAGCAUCGAGG